UAUGCCGGUUGCACCCGCGCCAGGAACUGUAUUAGGGAGAUCAUUGCAUUUCUUUGGAUAAAGUGAUACAUCAGCCGAUUUACACGAGGAGGAGCCUGCGGUGAAACCGUGUGGUGGGUGUCUGGUUUAAGACUGAUUACGUUAGCAGGCACGUCAAUGACUGGCACGAUGACGCGGAAUGUCCCGGUGACGUCGAGGAAUUUGAAUGUAAAAAGCCCGCUUUACUGCUCGAUUUAAAAAUCAUUUUCCGCUGGGUUUUCCGCACUUCACGCCAACUGUGCAGUACCGAGUUGACUUAACAAAAACAUUAUAACCGCAUCGUUAUAAUUCUUUUCAUUUACUAGUUGUAGUUUGUCUUCCUUUUCUCCUGUAUCAACCUGGAUUAAUAGACCAUAUAUAUAUGACUCAUACUGCGCUUAAGUGCAGAAUCGAUGACGGUGGGAAAGUUAUCUUUAGCUGAGCCGCACUAGACAUAUGCCGAUCGUUGCAAACGUCCAACUGCAGCUGGCAAGUUGGGCAAUAAUUUCCAACAUCUGAUGUGUGGUUCAUGAUCAUAUGUUUCCAUUAUCAACGAAGUGGGCUCACAAUCAUUGAAAUUUAUCCAAUUUCGUUAUUACCGGCUUUUUGUGCGGAUGCUGUUAUGUUCGUACACGGAUUAAUUGCGCCUUGCAGAUUUCGCCGGCACUAUUAAUUACUGCCGCAUCUUAUCCGAUAUACCGUAUCAAAUUAUUAAUAUGCCACGGAUGAACUGAAUCCUACCGGACAGUUACGCAACAUCUUGGCUUGCAUAUCCACGUCCAUGUUAGUGCAGAGCGCCCACAUUUCUGCUUGACUGACCGAAAUUCAGUAGGGGAAAUACCGGAUAGGAUUUUUGCCGGCAACACAUUUUUUCCCAUUGCCACGCGUAGUAUGCUAGCACUGGAGUUUCCCCAAUGUCCACCCAGCAGUCACAGUUACGUGACACAAAUAUCUCCCUCUUCUUCACCCGUCUCUAAUGAUGGCUUUUUCUGGGAGCAGAAUAUUAGCAUGUGCGAUCCGCCGCCGCCACCCUUUUCUUUCUCGUCCGAACACAGCACCAGCAGCAGCAGCACCUCCGGCCAACUCCAUCAGUACAUUCAUCACCACCACCACCAUCAUCACCGCGGAGGCGAACAGCGUCGAUUCUCCUACGCCGGCACCACCGCCUCCAGCGACAGUGGUGCAUACUCCGGCUACUCGGUGUCCUCCAUUCUCCAGCCGGCCGAGAGCAGCGACCACCUGGUGGACAGUCUGAGCAGUAUGUCCGGCGGAUCCCACCUGUCCACCGGCAACACUCCCGAAAGCGACCCCUGGACCACUCACUCCACCCCGCCGCACUCCGCCCCACCCAUUCCCCACAAUGAACCAUUCGAUUACUUUCAGCCGCAUCCGGUUACCUGCCAAACAUCGCUGCCGGCAUUCCAGGAGGCCUACGUGAGCAAUCCAUCCAUGCCGCUGCGUCCCACACUGUGGCCCAUGCAUCCGUUCCGUUCGGCGGCUGCCGCGACGACCAAUGCACUGAAUCAGGAGCUAUUAGCGUCCUGGCCCAGUUCGUCCACUGCCGCCUGUCCACUGCCCAUGCCGGGCGAUAUCAGUCCGUAUAAUCGCAUGGCACUGGGCUGGCCGCCGCAGGAUCCUGCCGGCAAAUUCAGCCUGGAUCGCUCAAUGGACCCCGUGACCAUGUUCGCUGCUCAGCACGCAGCGGCGGCGGCUGCUCAACACGUCCAUCCGUCGUCCGCUGCGGCAGCGGCCACCGCCAUGCAGAUGCCGGUCUCCUCUGGUCACAGUGACACAUCGUCCGAAGCCGGUUCCCUGUCCAGUCCCGUCAUGUCGCCGUCCUAUUAUGCCAGUUCCAGUGCGCAGUCGACCGCCGCCGCGGGGAGUCUCUUUAGUUUUCCCACGCACUACGGUCCAGCGCAUCCUGUACUGCAUCGGACCAAAUCCACGCCGACCACUUUUGAACGCAUUGCCGACACGGACACCAGUGGACAAGUCUGUGCUGUGUGUGGCGAUCAUGCCGCAUGUCAGCAUUAUGGAGUGCGCACAUGCGAAGGUUGCAAAGGGUUUUUCAAGAGAACGGUCCAGAAAGGAUCGAAAUAUGUUUGCUUGGGGAAUAAGGAUUGCCUGGUGGACAAGAAGCGCCGCAAUCGUUGCCAGUUUUGCCGCUAUCAAAAAUGCUUGGCAGUUGGGAUGGUUAAAGAAGUGGUGCGAACCGACAGUUUGAAAGGUCGUCGCGGCCGGUUACCAACUAAGCCGAAAACGGUUAGCGAAAGGGAUGCUGCAUCGAGCACCGCAUCUUCCUCACGUGCCAUAUCGAAUAACGCCCAACGUACCACCGCCACCAUGUCCAAAGUGGAUCUAAUAUCCCAUUUAGUACGAUAUCAACAGGAAAGCAAUCCACAAGUCUGUUUGGAUUAUCAGAGCAUCGGUUCAUCGGCAAUUAAAACUACUCAGGAGGAAAUUGAGCGCUUUUUGAGUAUAUUGACGCACUCUCUGACGGAUAUUGUGCUAGUAUGGGCGGAUAGAAUACCCGGCUUCCACGAUGUGCCGCAGGAUGAUCGCGAUAUACUAAUCAAUAGCAGUGCACUGGAAUUAAUAUCAUUGCGCCUAUCCCACAGGUUGCUUACCGAUGCCGCCACCAUGGGCUCUAUUGACCGCAUCCGCUUCUGCAGCGGCAUCACUUAUCCCAAAGAUGUGGCCAUGCGUACCAUGGGAACAUGGUACAUGGAAAUUGAACAAUUGUCCCGAUCUCUACAAAUUCUCGAUCUCGAUAAUGCGGCUUUUGCAUGCCUGUGCGCACUGGUUCUCCUGCAAGAUCGUCCAUUCUUGUCCAAUAGUGCUCCCGUCCUUAAUCUCCAAAUCAGAAUUAUUGAUUCAUUACGAGAUUAUACUGCUUGUAAUGCUCAAAGUUUGCAUAACUCUUUUCCUCAAAUACUCAACAAAAUCCACGAAGUACGCGCCGUUGGUGAGCAAGCCAGACGCCGACUGGCUUACCUCCUGAGCCACUAUCCCACCAGUGUCCCCGUGCAACUACGCAGAUUCCUGACCAGUGAGGAAAUGGAAUAAUGCAGAUUCUCUAUCUUUUCUAAUUAAUUAACGAUAUUAUCUUUUUAGAAUUUUCUUGCCAGUUCUAUUUAUUCACUUAAGAAUUGCUGUAUUUUUAUGCACCUAUACCUGAUUUGUGAAAAAAGCGUAUCAGAGAGAUUUUUUUAGAGAUUUUACUACAAACUCUACGAAGUCCGUGGUCAAAGCACAACAACAA